UAGUGUUAUAUUUCACUAUAUAUUGAUAAUUAGGAGUUGGAAUUCAGACUUUUUGAUGAAUUAAAAAACGAGAAAAAGAAACGCAGGUUGUUUUGCAGCCCUCAGACUGAAGAAAGUAUCCUGGCUUUCCCUCACAUUGUUGCUUGACUACUGUGCUUUAUGUGUGUGUGUGUGUGUGUGUGUGUGUGUCUGUGUGGGAUUAUAACCCACAGCUGGCCUCUCUGAUUACGAACACCCCGGUCAGCCCGGAUUAGACUCACACACAUAUUACAACAUAAAAGGGAUGAAGACUCCUCUGGGCCCCUCUCAGCUCCUGGGGCCGGGGCAAAUAUUUGCCUUUGGGGGAAUGUGUCAAGAGCUGAUGGAGCCCCCGACACCUCCACCCCUCGGUGCCACUGCCCAGCAGACUCCAUCCCCAGGUCAAGGCGGGGCCUACUCACUGUGUGAGGUGUGCAACUUGCAGCUGGCUUCUCCUGCUCAGGCCCAGCUGCACUACAAUGGCAGGUCUCACCUCCGGAGAGUGAGACAGCUCCAGGCCAGAGAGACAGGACAACAGGCAGCAGCCGGGGUUCCCUUCAGGUCUCUUCCCCAGAACACAGGCCUCAGCUCGCAGCCAACAGGACUAACUCCGGCCUCAGGCCUCAGUCCAGGCCUCCGCGUUCCACCCACAGCAACUGCAGGGGGGGGGUGCGGUGCAGUGGGCGGGGCUUUGCCCGGGCUGGUUGGCUCCCCUGGUCCCUCGGUGAUGAUGAAACCAUACCUGCCGUUCCCCGUCGAGACGUCGUCACCAGUUGGUAUUUUUCCAAACUUCAACACGAUGGACCCGGUGCAAAAGGCCGUCAUCAACCACACGUUUGGCGUUAGUUUGGUACCCAAGAAGAAACAGGUCAUCUCCUGCAACGUCUGCCAGCUGAGGUUUAACUCUGAUUCUCAGGCAGAGGCCCAUUACAGAGGCAGUCGUCACGCCAAGAAACUCAAGUCUCAGGAGAAAAAGACCAAGGCAAAGCUGUCAAUCACUGGAGGGACCAACGGGAGCAUCACAAGUCCUGUUUGUCCCGCCCCUCCUGUCUCGUCUAACAGCAGCACCAAUCAGCUCACAGAUCUCUCAUCUUGCUUUACUGACUCCUUUCCUCUCAAACCCUUCCUCCUCCCCUGCUCCUCCUCGCCUCCCUCCUCCGCCUCCCCCUCCUCGAGCAGACCAGGGAGCGAGCCUCCUCCCUCCAGUCCCCCUACCGCUCUGUCUGCCACGGGCCUCCUCUCCACCUCUUCCUCCUCUCCCUCUUCUUCCAAAGCCUCUCAAACCCACCCUCCUUCAGCUCCCGUCACCUCCUCUUCGUCGGCACGUUCUCCCCCUUCCCACGCCUCCUGCAAAGAUGCUGCAGUGGAAUCGGAGGAGGAGAAAGCAAAGAAGCUGUUGUACUGCUCUCUGUGCAAAGUCGCUGUCAACUCUCUGUCUCAGCUGGAGGCUCACAAUGCAGGUUCAAAGCACAAGACGAUGCUGGAGGCUCGGAGUGGCGCCGGGCCAAUCAAGGCCUUCCCUCGAGCCGGAGCCAAGCUGAAGAGCGUCAGCGGGACUCCACUGAAAGGCUCCGGCCUGCAGAACAAAACCUUCCAUUGCCAGAUCUGUGAUGUCCACGUCAACUCCGAGAUCCAACUCAAACAGCACAUCUCCAGCAGGAGGCACAAAGACAGAGUGGCAGGAAAACCCAGCAAACCCAAAUACAGUCCUUACAACAAACAGCAGCGCAGCUGCCUCACUGAGUUGGUCAAGCCCUCUCUCUCUCCGUCCUUCCUCUCUAGUCCCUUUGCUCCUCCGCCCUCCUCCCUAACUCCCGCCCCUCUCUCAUCCUCCCCCCUCCUCACUCGUACCUCCUCCCCGCUCCCCUCAACCAUCUCUCUCCAUCCAACCUCGUCGUCCCUCUUCACCGCCGCCUUCAUGCGUCCGGCUCCUGGACCGAUCCGAGCGAGCCAAGGAUCGAUCGUCUUCACGCCGUACUGAUGCCGGGGUCUGCGAUGGGGAGUCGAACCUGACGUCACUGUUGGAGAGACAUCCGCCCUGCAAUCAAGUCUGCAGGGAUUACGACCUGCAACCUCCUCCCCUGGCUGGAACUUCAAAAGAAGUUUUGAGGGAACAGAAGUUUCCCCUCUCCAAAUCUCCUUCUCGGAUGUGAAAUGUUGCAUCUCAUCCCACACAGUGAUUUCACCCAAACCACAACAGAGCAGUGGCUGGAAGUUCCCCUCACAUCGUUCAUGGAUACAUCUUUCUUUGAUGUUAACUAACAAGAAACCCAAAGUACCUCAUCGUGUUUGACAAAUUACUCUCUAUAUGUUUGUAGAUUGAGAUCAAACAACAUAAUUAGUUUUUGUGAUGAACCAGAAUGUACUAGAAGAAUCUAAGGGAUAUCUUAACAAUCCCCAAAACCAGCUCUUGGAUAAAAAUACCAGACGCAAAGAAGAAGACAAAGACGAGGAAGAGUGGACUUGUUUCAGGUCUGUUCGGGUCGAGCCCUCAACAAAGCUCCUCUGACCACAGACGCUUUAAUGAGCUAACCGUGAACACAGAGUACUGCGGAUGUACAGUACGAGACAGUACGAUUAUGGACAACAGACAACGUAGUGCAGGAAUAAGAUAACAUAAUAAAACAUAUGCUAUGGGUUAGUAAGUUAAGCAAUAAAGAUCAAAUUAAAAAUAAAAAUAAAGAUAAAGUGCACCAGCUAACAGAAAGUGACAAAGUGUAUGUACAUGUAGACGGUGAGAGUCAGUCAGGGGGGCCCGGGCUCUGUUGGUGAGCCCGACUGCCGAAGGGAAGAAACUGUUAGUGUGGCGGGACGUCUUAGUCCUGAUGGACCUCAGCCUCCUGCCGGAUGGAAGGGGCACAAACAGGUUCUGUCCGGGGUGGGAGGGGUCGGCUACAAUCUUUCUGGCCCGCUUCAAGGUCCUGGAAGCAAACAAGUCCUGGGGAGACGGCAGAUUGCAGCCAAUCACCUUCUCUGCAGAGCGGAUGACACGCUGCAGCCUGCCCUUGUCCUUGGCAGUGGCUGCAGCGUACCACACGGUGAUGGAGGUGCAGAGGAUGGACUCCAUGAUGGCCGUGUAGAAGUGCACCAUCAUCGUCUGAGGCAGGUUGAAUUUCUUCAGCUGCCUCAGGAAGAACAUCCUCUGCUGAGCCUUCUUGGUGAUGGAGCUGAUGUUCAGCUCCCACUUGAGGUCCUGGGUGAUGAUGGAGCCCAGGAAACGGAAGGAGUCCACAGUGGUGCUGGGGGAGUCACACAAGGUGAGGGGGGAAGGUGGGGCUGCGUACUUCCUGAAGUCCACAACCAUCUCCACUGUCUUCAGGGCGUUGAGCUCCAGGUUGUUCUGGCUGCACCACGUCACCAGGUGGUCAGACUCCCACCUGUAGGCGGACUCGUCCCCACCAGAGAUCAGUCCAAUGAGGGUGGUGUCAUCCGCAAACUUCAGGAGCUUGACGGACUGGUGACUGGAGGUGCAGCUGUUGGUGCACAGGGAGAAGAGCAGAGGGGAAAGAACGCAGCCUCGGUGCUGAUGGACCGAGAGCCAGAGACGUGUUUCCCCAGCUUCACGUGCUGCUUCCUGUCGGACAGGAAGUCAGUGAUCCACUUGCAGGUGGAGUCGGGCACGUGCAGCUGAGAGAGUUUGUCCUGCAGCAGAGACACGAUGAUGGUGUUGAAGGCAGAGCUGAAGUCCACAAACAGGAUCCUGGCGUAGGUUCCUGGGGAGUCCAGAUGCUGGAGGAUGAAGUGGAGGGCCAUGUUGACCGCAUCGUCUACAGACCUGUUGGCUCUGUAGGCGAACUGCAGGGGGUCCAGGAGGGGGUCGGUGACACUGGCCACUGUCGGCCCGGCACUGAUGUUCAACUAAACUGGGAGGUCGAAAAGGAGAAACCACCUUUGAGCAUCUUGUGACGACAUCACACCAGGGCCGAAGGCAAAUCGGUCCGGGGGGGAGUCACCCGGGACGCCAGGUGUCCUCAACAGCUCCUACAAAUGAACUAAAGGAAAAGGAACUGUCGACUAAAAAUCCAGACAAAAAUCCUCUUUCCAUUCCCCCAAACCACUAAACGAUAAACAUUGAAAGAAAGCCGGAUAAGGAUUGUUGUUUUCUGCCUCCGCACAGCUCAACUUUACUGCAUGUCAACCAGAGUUUGAAAUGAAGUGCGCACGUACACCUCCUCCUUAUCACCCACGUGCACACUCCUGCCUCUACCUUCCGCCCUCUGCUGUUCUGUCUGGACCGGCUGCUUCCUGGUUUUACAGUGAGAGAGCCUUUUUGGUCCUGAUGAGCUUCGGGUCCGUCUGGGCUCCAGUCCUCCUCCUCCUGCUCUUCUGUCUGAACUUGGGGAACUUCUUAGGACGUUUAACACAUUACUGGACCAUUUUCCAUCCAUCCACAACCAAGAACCGCUUUUCUUAAUUCACUCCCCCUGAAGAAAAAUAAGAUAAUAUAAUGAGGAGUUACUUUACAGUGUGUAAUGUUGUAAAUAUUAACCCGAAAGCUUUGUCACCACUUUCAAACAACGCAGUGAUGUUUCCGUCCAUCGAGCACGUUGGUCCAGAGACAUUUGGUCUCAUUACCUUUCCUCUAGUGCUCCCCUCUGGACACACACCAUUCAUUCAUUUUAAAAUGACCAGGUGGUUGUUUAAAGGUCGUAAAGCAGCUUCCCACAACCAGGAGAAACCAUUGAAAACCUGACGAGGUGUAAAAACUCCUCCUUGUUAAGAUGCAACAGGACUUUUUUGGGGGGGGUGGGGGGUCCACUGCAGUUUGAAGGCUCUACUCUGAUUGGCUGGUCAUUUUUUUCUGUGCCUGCGAUUCAGAAAAUUCAAAAGCGAAUGAGAAAAUUGAUGAGGGUUGAAAGGGUUUCAAUGGAAUUGGUGGGAGAAGACGUUAAAGGAGAAGUUAUGCUAUGGUAUCUAUGCAGUCGAUAUGAACAGGAGGAACACCUAGCGACCAUUUAUAUUGAUACAAUAUAAACACACUAGACAAGAAACUGGCUCAAAAAGUUGUGAAUGAUACAAUCCUAAAACGGUGAUUGAGGGGCGAUUACUUUCUAUGGUUUCAAAUGGUUGAUGUUUUCCUGUCUGUCUUCCUGUCCCCUCCUGAAGAACUUGAAGAAACUGAGUCUUCCAAUAGAGAACAAACAGGUUAAAGGACAAUAUGUGUGUUUGUCUGUUUUGGUUUAUUUAUGCAGUUUAUUUUGCUCAUGAAUCUCAUCAUUAUCCAAACUAUGAAAAGGAGACAAAGUUAAAAAUCAAAUGAACUCAACUAAACCUCCUCCUCUGUCCGAUGAUGUCAUAAUGAUGCAAUAAUGGGGAUGAAAUAUUGGACUGAAACAAAUAGGUGUGCAACGUUUGAUUUGUUUCCUCGUUGACAUGAUAUAAAAUCUUAAUUUUUGUUUAAACUGUCAAAAUACUUUUGCUGAAAAACCGACAACGUUUGAAUGUCUGUGUGUGUGUGUGUGUGUGUGUGUGUGUGUGUGUGUGUGUGUGUGAGAGAGCGUGUGGUCUUGUAGGGACACAGGCCCAUUGUUGGUGACAAAAUCUAUAUAUUAGACUUAAACAAAGACUUGUUCAAAGUCUGCUUUAGGUUUAGGUAUAUAGGUUGAGUUUAAGGUUUAGGUAGCAGUUUUGGUUAAGUUAAGUGAACGGGAAAUGAAUGCAAGUCAAUGAAAUAUCCCCAAAAGUCAUGGGAAAGCCGUGUGUGUGUGUGUGUGUGUGUGUGUGUAUUCUGAUGAUUAACCGCAGAGGGUGUGUUAAAAGAGAACGCGGCCCUGACUGCUACAGACAGGACUCACUUGUUUUAACACACCUGUAACAUGGUUUAGUUGGAAGGUUUUUUGCUGGAGUGGUAAGUAAAUCUUUCAAAACUGAACACCCAGUUUUCUUUUGACACAUUUGACCUACUUUAAAAAUAAUCAUAUCAAUACAGUUCAGACUUUGCAGACUUUUUGUUUAUCUAUUUCCCCCCCACAAUGAAACGGGAAUUCAUACAUUAAAUUCAACCCAUUUUCACCUUUAAGCCUUUUAUAAAUUAUAGAAUUGUAUUAAGCUCAGAUCGGCAUCUUUCAUCCUACUCAUCGAUGCAAAAACGUGGGACACCUCCUGCUCCAGAGAACCUCUUUCCACUUCUUAUGUACAGUAUUUAUUCUCAGAGCUGUUUUUAUUAUUUAAAUACAAAUAUGCAAUGCAAACUUGUUAAGCUUAUGUAAUCUCCUCACCAUACUGUUCUGUUUUAUUUGUUUUCUUUAAAAAUGCUAAACAGACAUUAGUCCUGUAUUCUUUAAAAAAAAAUAAAGCUAUUUGCUGAUUUGAAUUAA